GUCAACAAAGCGGGAGAUUAGAAAACGUAAACAAACGUUUUUCGUGGGGUGUUCCUUUCUUGUUUCACAGAGAAACGUCAUCGACAUGUUGAACAAAGCGCCCAGACUGAAAAGUACAAUUAAAACGAAGGCGAAGGGCAACAUAAACGUGAGGCCGGCGUCAGAGGCGAUGAUCGAACUGCUGACACUGCUGUUCCUGAACAGCCUGGCUGAAGAGGCGAAGGCCAAAGCGUUUGAGGAGAAAUCUGCGACGAUCAGAGCUCAGCACGUCAGGGCAGUCUCCAAGAAAGUAUUGAAAAAGGCGAGAGGAUGAUGAAGACGGUGAAGAGCAUCAUAAAGAUUAUUUUGGAAGGCAGUGGCAAUAUUCUUUCAUAUUUUUAAUGUCUUGUUUUGAUCUGAAAUUCCUUUUUUGAGUUUUUUUUAAAAUUGUAUUUCCGUGCAAGUAAACACUGUCCUUUCAUUGUUCUGUAUUAAACAUUCAUGAAUUUUACACUGCCUAAUUUAUGUAUGACAACUUAAAAUAUAGAAAAUAAUUGUUAUUCUUAUCUGAAAACAUUUGGGAUCAAAUUCUUUUAGAAAGUCCACAUUGAAAUGCCUGCAGGCAGUUAUUUGGGCAUUCAUUUGGAAGCCAAAUUAAAUCACUCCCUACCUAAAUGUAGUUAAAUUUCAGUGGCCAGUGAUUCAUCAAACCUGCAUAUACAUAAUCACCAGUCAGUCCUGAUAAGACCUGAUUAAGUUUGCUGACUUGAUCCCAAAAUAAGGUUUUAAAAAGCUGUAUGUGUGCAGAUGAGCUCUCUCGAAUCUGUUUUGUUCUCCCAUUAUAUCCCAUGAUUCUUCAAAUUCCUCACUUCUUCACACUACAUGUGUUAGUGUGAU